AUGACUGCAGCCAACAAAAACCACCACCCCUCCUCCUCUAAACCACCCAAGAACCACCACUCGACCCCCAAAGCAACCACCCCGCAAACUAACACCACUCAAAACUCUAACCCCACUACUAACCCUAACCCCGCAGCUAAUCCAUCACCAUUAUCUCCCUCCCUCAAAGACCAGGUUUUGUCACGCGCCACCCACAUUACGCGCCAAGAACUACUCAAAAGAAGAUCCCACAAGCUGAAACAGCUCUCAAAAUGCUUCAAAGAUUAUUACUGGGCAUUAAUGGAAGAACUCAAAGUUCUGUACAGAGAGUACUAUUGGAAGUAUGGUGUUAGCCCAUUCAAAGAAGACCACCACAACACCCUUCAAAAAGUAGAGCAGCAUAAGCAGGGUGGUGGGUUUGGUGUCUUAGAGAGAGAGAAUGGGGAGGGGGAGGCUAAUAUUGAAGUUAUUGGUGAAAAUAAUAAUAAUUUUAGUGAUUUGAAGAGCAAUCAUAGGUGUUUGUUUGUUGGGUGUAAGCUAAAGGCUAUGGCUUUGACAAGUUUUUGUCAUCUUCAUAUACUUUCUGAUGCAAAGCAGAAGCUUUACAAGCCUUGUGGUUAUGUUAUCAAAAGAUUCUUUUGGUUGGCUAUGUACUCAAGUGCUCAGGCAGGACCAAUAACAUGUGGAAAGCCAAUACUGAGAUCAACUGCUCCUGCACUCUGCACUGUCCACUUCCAAAAGGCUCAGAAACAUGUGACUCAGGCUCUGAGGAAAGCAGGCCUUAAUGUCUCCUCAUCAAGUAAGCUUGCUCCUAAGUUCCACGUCAUCGUGACAGAAUAUGUGCGUCAAAUUCAAGCCAAACGGAAGGCUGCAAAAUGA